AUGUUUGCCUUUCUAGAUGUCACUAUCGGAGGCAGCAAGAUUGGCAGAAUAGUUUUGCAGCUUGACAAUGUUAACUGUCCAUUGGCUUCCACUAAUUUUUUGAAUUUGUGCAACCAAGUGGGAAAGACUUUUCAUUCGAAAGAGUAUGGAGAUAUAAAGUUAACCUAUCAAGGAAUAAGGUUCCACAGAAUCAUGAAAAAUUUUAUUGUCCAGGCCGGUGAUCUUGUUUUUGGCAGGGACGAUUCAUUCAAUCAGGAACAGGUGGGUGGUGGAGGGGUUUCCACUUACAUUAAUGAUUUGAGUAACAACGAAAAGGGCCCUAUCUAUGGAAAGUUUGAUGACGAAGCGCUGGACAAUAAUCCAGUAAGUAAAUUUGACCGUCCUUUCGUUUUGGCAAUGGCCAACAGCGGCCCCAAUAGUAACAGUUCUCAGUUUUUCAUUACAACUUACCCCUGCCCACAUCUUCAAGGGAAGCACACCGCAUUUGGAUCUGUAGUUCAUGGGAAAUCUGUAGUGAGAGACAUUGAAAAAGUUGACACGACCAAGGAAAACAACAGCCCGCUUCAGCCAGUGGUCAUAGUGGCGUGUGGAGAGUGGAAAGAAGGAGAUCCUGUUCCUGUUUUCAAUUGCUCUAACAGUCAAAUCGGGGGAGAUGUCUUUGAGGAAUAUCCUGACGAUGACGACAAUUUUGACAAAGAUUCUCUUGAAAAGGCAUUGGAAGCUGUCGAGAUAAUAAAAGAAUCUGGAAGUCUGCUUUUCAAACAAAAUCAGAUCCAAAAUGCUUUAUUCAAGUACAAAAAGUCUUAUCGUUAUCUCAAUGAAUUCUCCCCCGACCAAGAUCAAAGCCCCCAGUUAUACAACAGGUUCCUAGCAUUGAAAAAGAAAUUGUACUUGAACCUUAGUCUUGUUUAUUACCGACUAGGACAGUUCUCUAGAGCGAGAGAUUAUGCCGAAUAUUUAUUGGAGAUGGAGGACAACCAAGCGAUAACUGAUAAGGAUAGAGCUAAAGCAUUUUUCAGAAAAGGAUUGGCUCAAAUUGCAUUGAAUGAUUUUGAGAAUGGUUUACACGCUCUGAAAGCUGCUCAAGACUUGACUCCUACUGAUUCUAUGAUCUCAAAUGAAAUUUUGAAGGCAUCGAAAUCUUUUGAACUAUUCAAGAAGAGAGAGAAAAAUAAACUGGAAGCUUUUUUUAAGUAA